AUGACACGGCGCAUUAUCGUGGAACAGGCGCCAGAACCCUGCCUCACUGUAUUGUGGUUGAGCACGACGAAUACGCGACAAAAUACGCUUCAUAACACCAAGGUCUAUAAGGAGUUGUAUAUUUCUGUAUUGAGGCGUUUGCGUGAGAAUAUAUCUAAAAAACCGGGAUUGCGGGAGAAAAAUUUAUGGAUUUUACGCGAUGAUAAUGCACCAUUACAUCGAGAUUUGGCUUCGAGUGAUUUUGACUUGUUCCCCAAACUGAAAUUGCCGCUCCGUGGAAAACGUUUUCAGUCGCUUGAAGAGAUAAAACAAAAUCCACAGAAGGAGCUGAAGGGCAUCCCAAAAAGUACUUAUGAAAAGUAUUGA